AUGAUAGUGCGGAUAGGGAUGGUAAAUUUGGAGGAUGAGUACUGUGGGGGUGGGGGGGUGGGGGGCGUUAUUGGUGGCGCGCUAGGCCGGUGUCAGGCCACUCUAUGGGUUGGGGGGGGGGGGCGCCAGGCGUCCCGUCGCUUGGGGGGUGGUUCGUUGGGUUGGUUCUGUUGUUUGGUCUUUUCGGACAUGUGUUUUUGUCUGCGGCCUCUGCACCACGCGGGAUUUUGGGGUUUGGUCGGGAGACGUUUCGCUGUCGUGGGUCUUAGUCGGACCUCCGACCCCGGGGUUACACUGCCCCCAGUGCUGGACCGUAAGAUGUUGACACUAAUUGGCUAG